UUACACGUGGCAGUCAAACAUUAACUCGAACUGUUACACCUCAUUCCAUGAGGUCAUAAUUCAUGAUCACGUCAGGCCUACGUUAGGCCUGUUCAAACUAGAGGGCUAGUGUAGACAUACCCUCAGCACUCUGGCUGAGUUCCUGAGUUGCUGGGAAUUUCUUGAAAGAGGCCAAUUGUAAUACUGUGAAAUUUUGACUCUCAUGAUAAUAUGGUAAGGGUUGAUACAAUGGAACAGUGUGUGCUGGCUUUUGAGUGGUUUUGCUGUAGCACCAGAUCUUAGUUCUGUCGUUAUGAAAGAAGGUCUUGCAGAGCAUGUGGAAAAUUACUAAGCUAAGCUUGCUUUAGCAAAAAUUGUCUUUUCUAAUUUACUUUGAGAAAUAUUGUCAGGUUAAAGUACUGUGUGACUUAUGAAAAGUUGUUUAAAAUUUUGAAAAUUGAUAACUUUAUUAAUUAGUAUUUUAAAAUACGAUUUAGUGCUGUAUGCGCAUGUGUCUUUUGAGCCCACCUAGGCAAGUUCAGGAAAACUAAAAUCUUGGCUUAGUUCACUGUGGAGGUGGUGAAGGCUACAAUAGUGUUUGGGAGGAAAAAAAUGAACCAAGUAUAUAGACAGAAUAUCUGUCAGGACUAAUGCACAUAGUCUUUGAGAGUGAAGAAUGAAGUGAAGGUAUUCAGCAAUACUCUAUUUCCCUCCCUCUUGUCUCCAUCCCUCAAGGUCGGAGUGUAUUCAUUUUUGUGUGUGUGUAACUGAAGAGUACUAGACUAACUUCAGAUGUAUGAAGACCCUGUAGCUUCUCUGCAUCUGACAGGGUAUACCCUGUUUCAUGAGCGAUUGAAGAACAUUGAAGAAAAUGAAGGAGGCCUUGAUAAAUUUUCAAAAAGUUACAAAAUCUUUGGAGUCAAUCGACACGUGGAUGGUGGACUACAUUGCAAAGAGUGGGCUCCAGGGGCAGAAGCAGUUUUUCUAACCGGCGACUUCAAUGGCUGGAAUCCAUUUUCUCAUCCAUAUAAAAAAAUGGAUUAUGGGAAAUGGGAGCUAUUCAUCCCACCUGGACAAGAUGGACUCUCUCCUGUGCAGCAUGGAUCAAAACUAAAGGUGGUGAUCCGUAGUAAAAAUGGAGAGAUUCUCUAUCGUAUUUCACCUUGGGCAAAAUAUGUAGGGCGUGAAGGCAACAAUGUGAAUUAUGAUUGGAUGCACUGGGAGCCACCACUGCCAUAUGUGCAAAGACAUCCUCACCCUAAGAAACCAAAAAGCUUAAGAAUUUACGAAUCACACGUGGGAAUUGCUUCACCAGAAGGGAAAGUUGCUUCUUAUAAAAACUUUACCCACAAUAUACUACCUAAAAUAAAGGAUCUUGGAUACAAUUGCGUUCAGCUGAUGGCUGUUAUGGAACAUGCCUACUAUGCCAGUUUUGGUUAUCAAAUCACAAGUUUUUUUGCAGCAUCAAGCCGUUAUGGAACCCCAGAUGAUCUGAAGGAAUUGAUUGAUGUUGCCCACUCAAUGGGAAUUACUGUUCUGCUGGAUGUCGUACACAGUCAUGCAUCAAAUAACUCUGAAGAUGGUCUGAACAAAUUUGAUGGUACAGAUUCCUGCUUUUUCCAUUCUGGUUCUAGAGGAACUCACAGUCUUUGGGACAGCAGACUUUUUGACUAUUCAAAUUGGGAAGUUUUGAGAUUCCUUCUCUCUAAUUUGAGAUGGUGGAUAAAAGAAUAUGGCUUUGAUGGCUUCCGGUUUGAUGGUGUUUCAUCUAUGCUAUAUCACCAUCAUGGAAUUGGUACUGGCUUCAGUGGAGAUUACCAUGAAUAUUUUGGUCUACAUGUGGAUGAAGAUGCUCUCGUUUAUCUAAUAAUGGCCAACCAUAUGGUUCAUUUAUUGCAUCCAGAAUGCAUAACAGUAGCUGAGGAUGUUUCUGGAAUGCCAGCUCUUUGUUGCCCUAUUGCACAGGGAGGAGGUGGAUUUGAUUAUCGACUGGCUAUGGCAAUUCCAGAUAAAUGGAUACAGAUAAUUAAAGAGUUGAAAGAUGAAGACUGGAAUAUGGGCAAUAUAGUGCAUACGCUGACAAAUAGGCGGUAUGAGGAGAAAUACAUUGCAUAUGCAGAGAGCCAUGAUCAGGCCCUUGUUGGUGAUAAGACGCUGGCAUUUCGGCUGAUGGAUGCAGAGAUGUAUACAAAUAUGAGUGUGCUUUCACCUCUCACUCCGGUUAUUGAUCGUGGAAUACAGCUUCAUAAAAUGAUUCGCCUCAUUACUCAUGCGCUUGGAGGAGAGGGCUAUCUCAACUUCAUGGGUAAUGAAUUUGGGCAUCCAGAAUGGUUGGACUUCCCCAGAAAAGGAAACAAUGAGAGCUACCAUUAUGCCAGGAGACAGUUUCAUUUAAGUGAUGAUCACCACCUUCGCUAUAGAUUUCUAAAUGCAUUUGACAGAGAUAUGAAUAAAUUGGAAGAAAGAUUUGGCUGGCUUGCAUCUCCCCCGGCUUUUGUGAGUGAAAAACAUGAAUCAAAUAAGGUCAUCGCAUUUGAGAGGGCAAAUUUAAUUUUUAUAUUCAAUUUCCAUCCAUCUCAAAGCUAUACUGAAUACAGAGUGGGUACUGAAACUCCAGGAAAGUAUAAAAUUGUGCUGGAUUCUGAUGCACCAGAUUAUGGAGGACAUCAGAGACUGGACCAUAAUACAGAAUUCUUCACUGAAAAAUAUUCACAUAAUUAUCGACCUAAUUCUAUUUUGGUGUACAUUCCAAGCAGAGUGGCUAUUGUGCUUCAAAAUAUGGAUAUACCAAACUGAAGAUCUUCAUAACCAUCACUUCAGAAGCAAAAUGUGGAGAAGAAAUACCAUAUCAGGCACUCAGCAUCACAGAGUUCACAUGGAUGCUUCUGAAACUAAACAUAGUAAUAUUUGGUCAUUGAAAUGUAGGAUUAAUAUUUACAUAUAAUUACAGUGCUCUCAAGUUGUUAAAAUGUAAUUCAAGGAGACAAUAUAUGAAAGAGGUAGAAAGAAAAAUGCAUCUUUGCAUUUCUGAUGUUACAGCAUUACAUUUUAAAACAUUUCAAAGCAGCUAGCAUUCUCAAUUAAGUUGUCAUUUCCAGUGUCUUAUCAGGAACAAUGUUAUACCAAAAGUAGUGUUGCUCUGAUUUCAGCAAUUUCUUUGAAUCUCUUUUAUCAUUUUGGUAUUGAAUUCAAAUAUUCAUUACAGAUCAUUGUCUCCUGUUAGGAGAAAGAGAAGGAUCAUGUUGAAAUAAAACAUAAAUAAUCUGACAAAAGGAACCCUUGUGUCUGUGGGAUCCCACUUUGCAGCAAUUUCCAAAGUAUAGUUAGAGUUUGCAGCUUUUCCAGUCAAAUCACUGAGGAAAAUGUCCUAUAAGAAUAUUGUCCUCUGCCUCUUUUGUUUAAUGAAAAUUACAUAGUAAAGUCUUAAGCUAGUGGAUCAGCUGGGACAUGAAUCAGUUGGAUUCCAGUCAUGGCUCUCCAUCAUUUACCUAUUGUGUGACCUUGGACAAGUCAUUUCAUCCGUGUUCCUGAGGUUCUACAUCUGAAAAAUGGAGUUCAUGAUACACACCUACCUGUGCAAACCAUUUUGUGGUGAGAAGUACUCUGUCAGAGCUAAGUACUAUUAUGUUUACUGAAAUGGUACAGUAACUGAAACUGUUUUUAAAAGAACCUUUACAUAUCUGUUCAGAAAUCAGAAGACCCUAUACUCAUUGGUUUCACUGCUUCCUAAAGCUGCCAUUUAACUUGAAGCACUUGGAAUGUUAAUCUUGCAUUUUUGUAAUUAAAAAAAAUAUUUUGCUUGCCCUGGAAGAAACGAUAUUAGAAAUAUAGUUAUAUUAUUCAAACUAAGCCUUUUUGAUCAUGCUAUUUAAUAGUUUGAAUUGCUGCCUAAAAUAGUUGAAGUGAAUUCUUUUGAAAUAUUCAACAGAGAAAAUGUCCACAACAGUUUAUAUUCAUUCAUAGUUCUGUGUGUCAGUCAUCCUCUGUGUAAGCUUCGUCUUCUAAAUGGCCGAACAUUUAUGGCCCACACUGACAAAAAUGUUGCACACUUUUCAUUAUACUUAUUAGAACUUUUAAGUGGAAGCAUUUCAAAAACAAAACAAUAAGUGGGACAGCGUAAUAUAACUGAUGGGAAAUAAAAUUAUUUUGAUAGACUUCAUGCGUUAAAAGGAGUUCAUGAACAUCUCAACUCUUUUCUGUGCCACAGAUAUACAAAAGACAAAUACUGUAUACCACAAUGCAAUGUAAUGUCACAUCUUCCCCCCCACACACCACCAUUUAAUUCAGUGUGUAUUAAUGAGCUAUAAAAGCAUCCUGUCUGCUUAAAAAAGUACACUGAAGUGUUGUAAUAACUGGAACCAAUUAUUGUUUCCAAAGUUGUAAACUUUGUAGUGAAGUAAAUAGCAAUGUAAUUAUCUGCUAUAUUUACAUUAAAUUGAUCUACUAAUAUAUUCUGUAGAUUUUACUGGCGCAAGUUCCAGCGUUCCAAAAUGCAAUGCAAAGCAAUUGCCCUUGUCAAACUUUUGUGCAAGAGAAGCAAUAAAUGUGUGAUGUGAAGUAGAAACUGUAAAAUUACAUGCAAAUAAACUGUGAGAAGGGUAAAACA